AUGGUGUCCACACGAGGUUUUGUUGCAAUAUUAGUGAUUGUUUUAUACACCAGUGUUCUUUAUGGCAUCUAUCUUAAUUUCCCCAAACUCACAGAGUAAGUUUACAAUUUUUUUUAUUGAUUUUGAUGUUUAGAGAAGAACGGGCUCAAUUCAAGUAUCCUACGAACCUCGAAGAGGCUAAACUUUUAGGCAGAGUGCUGUCUCACUAUAAAGAGAAGUAUUUCUACACAGUUUUGGCCGGAGUCACAUGUGUUUACAUAGUGUAAGUAAUUUUUCUCGCUGAGAAGACGAUAAUUGCCUUCAAUUUUAGACUGCAAUCUUUUGCCAUCCCUGGAUCGAUAUUCUUGACCAUUUUGAGUGGAUAUUUGUUCCCAUUCUACGUUGCUUUAACAUUAGUUUGCACGGUAGGUCAUGGAUGAUAUAAAUUUUGUCGAAGUAUUGCGAUUUUCUUGUUUUUGGUCGCUUAAAUUUCAUUUGUGUUUCAGUGUUCGGCAUGUGGUGCAGCAGUAUGCUAUUAUCUGUCAUAUUCAUUAGGCAGGAACCUGGUUAUGAAGUAUUUCCCGGAGAAGCUCAAGGCUUGGCAAAAUGAGGUUGGUUUUUUAUAUUAUUGAUUGGUUUUUAGGUCAAAAGAUGCGUUGAGGAGUGCUAUUUGAUUUUUAUAAAGAUUAUCGCCAUUGUUCUACAGAAAUUUUCGAUUUUUGAGCAAAUCUUCGAGAUUGAUACCUACUUCAAUAUAAUUUUGUCAGAAAAUUUUUAGUUCUUGGUAUUUUGGGUAAUAUCGCUGUUUGUAGAUCAAGAAACAUCAAGAGAAUCUCCUGAACUACAUAAUUUUCCUUCGAGUAACACCGAUCCUCCCUAAUUGGUUCAUAAACAUCGCCUCUCCAGUAGUCGAUGUCCCAAUUUUACCCUUCUUUUUUGGCACUUUCUUCGGUGUAGCGCCCCCAUCCUUCCUCUUUAUUCAAGCCGGCACAACCCUCCAACAAAUGACCAACGCCAACGUUGUCUGGAGCUAUCAUUCGAUAUUAACCUUGGCCUUCUUCGCAGCCCUCUCAAUCGCUCCAAUUUUCUAUAAAAAGCUGAAGGUUAAGGGCGACUAA